CCACUGUCUCGAGGACAGGGACACUGAUGCCUCAUGUGAAAGCCAAGGUCAUACCAGGAGCUGAUGACAAGUUCAACAGCACACGAAAACAGUCUGCUGGAGCUCAGUUCCGGCAUUCCCUGAUGGUACUCAUGGAGAGGCUGUAUUCUGCCAACCCACACUUUGUGCGCUGCAUAAAGCCAAACAGCCGCAAGGAGCCAGGUGUGGUGGACAGCCAGAUGGUGCUGCUGCAGCUUCGGUACAACGGACUGCUGGAGACAAUCCAUAUCCGAAGACGUGGUUUCUCCUGGAGACCCUCAUUUGAGGAAUUUGCUGAAAGAUAUAGAAUUCUUCUAGUUAAACCGGAUGUUUCCCUCACCAAAGAAAGCUGCUUGGAGAUACUGCAAAGUACAGAGCUAGCACACUGGAUGUGUGGAAAGUCACGACUUUUCUUUAAAUAUUGGCACCAGGAACAGCUGGCAAAGUAUGUGGAGCGGCUGGAAAGAGCAGCAGUUGUCAUACAGAAAGUUUUCAGGGGAUUCAGAUGCAGGAAGAGUUAUCUAACACUGGUGGCUGAGCUGAGAGCUCAGGCACAGCGGCUACAGGAGGCAGAGCGAGAAAGAAGGCAGCAGCUCGCCAUAGAAGCAGAGGCCCAGAAAAGAAUCUCCUGUCCAGUCCCCAUGCCACGGAAGAGGCACCCUCUGCCUUGUCCUGAAAAGCCAGUGCAGUCACCAGUGCCACGGCCACGCAGCAAGCUAACAGAGUCCACUCCUUUUGAUAACUUCUUGAACCCUUCUGCACCUCGUCCUGCUCUGGGCAGAGAAGAGCAAACUCAAGAAAAGGCAAAAAGGAGAAAUAUCAAGAGAGGAGCAAGUCUCUGCUGGUUCAAAGAGAUGCAGGCCGAGAAGGUCAUACAGGAUGAUGAGGCCUUUCCAAGCUGGCUGUAUGGGAUAAUCAGCCGGAGGGAAGCUGAAAACUUGUUGAAUGACAAGCCUUUGGGUUGCUUCCUUGUUCGUAUGAGCCAGAGCCAACCAGGCUACAUCUUGACAUACAGGGGUGAAGGCCACUGCAGACACUACCUGAUCCAGAUCCAGCCCAGGGCACACUAUGUCGUCCUGGGAGAAGACCGGGCUCAUGCCUCACUCACCGAACUGGUUCGGUAUCACCAGACUGUGGGCAUCAAGCCCUUCAUGGAAAUACUGACUGUUCCCUGUGAGCAGGAAAGUAGUGAGAGUUUGGAUUACAAAGAUCUGGAGUGCCUUACGCUGGGUUCACCAGCAGCUGAGUGGAAGACCGCUGCAGAGGAGCAGCCCUGCCCCUCCAGGCCUUCCACUGGCACACCUGCUGUGCAGUCAGGAACAGCUGCAGUUUUCAGACGGUUCAGGAGGACCAUGGAUUGCCAAAAACAACAGAGCCCGGACAACAGCAGGACAAAGCCAAGCUCAGGCAAGAAGGGAGGCAGCCAACAAGCCUUCCUUCGCCUCCACUCUUCCAUACGUCUGGCGAUGCAGGAAAUCCAGCAGUUCUCUUCCUUGAAGACCUCUGUACAGAGAUGCUGUCAGGCUCUCAACGUUGAGGAUGUAGAGCCCAAGUGAUAUGCUAGCCCUGUGCCUUUAGAGAGCCCUGCUGCAGCAACUAACUUUCAUCAGCACGCAGCUAAUCUCAGAAGCUGAGACUGCAGCGUCUGGACCAGUCUCAGCCUGGCAGAGGGGAAAAGGACAGGAACAGUCACACUCUGCACAGACCCACGGUGCCCAACAGUCUGCAUGUCGAUACUUUAGUGUGCCUGGAGACCCCUGGCCUCGCACAUUUAAUAGUCACAAACUGAAUGUCUGAUGACAGCUUGUUUUCUCACAGAUACCUGUACUGAUUUCCUACCUCUUCAUGUCUUCUGUCACUGUUUUGGUUCUAUGUGUUCACCGAUCUGGGUACUAAGGGAAACUGGGCUUGGGAAGUAAGAAAUGAAACUGGUAUAUCCUUUUUGUUGAGUGCAGGAGCACUUGAACGGGAGCUGAGAAAAGGGGCAAGAAGAUAUUUCUGCAGAGGGAACUUCCUGCCCUUGCAUCAGUGUGCUGGCAUGCUGCUUCCCAGUCAUUAGCCACAGCUCAAGUCAGGGGAUCACUGGGGAAGCUGGAGAAACCCUCCUGUUCAUCCAGAUUGGAAUCACUACCAGUCCGGACUGAACAACAUGCUGCUUUACACUGAAGAUAGCGGAAUAUGCUACUUGUAAUAAAUUUUCAACUUUUUGAAAUAAAAUUUAUUUCUG